AUGUCAGCGUCGAGCCAGCAUUUAGGGUCCCGGUUCGGGACCGGCAGCAACAACAGUCGGCCAUCCAGCAAAGAUGGCACCAAGAAGAAUAUUUGGUCUUCCAUGUUAGAUAGCGUCGCGAAUGGAAAGCGACUCCCAGAAAAGAAUCUUUUGAUCUUAGGCGGCACACCUGAGAGCCAACGCGAGUUUCUAGACACUCUUUCUGCCGACGCUUCAGAUCCUAACCUGUCGACUAAUGAGAGGCGGAAAGGAAGGGCACCACCGGUGGCCAACCAGUUUGCCUUAGGAUAUACCUAUCAAGAUGUGCUGGACGCUGAUCACGAAGAUAUUCUGGCACGUGUUUCCGCAUACCUACUGUCUGAACCCUCCAUCUCCUUCGCGCCCCUCCUCAAGCCGCUCCUGACCGCACAAUCGGUGCCGGAAACCUUGGUUGUGAUACUCCUAGAUUGGUCAGAUCCUUGGACAUGGGUUCGUCGACUGCGCGAAUGGGUGCGCCUCUUGAGACAUGUGCUUAUAUCACUCGACGAUGAGACGAAGAUGGCCAUGGAGGAGAAUAUGACUGAAUGGAGGGAUCGGAAACGAGGCACGGAUCCAAGUUCGGCUGGCGCGCAGGGUCUUGCCAGUUCCGGAGGCCCCGCCACAAUACCUCUCGGUCCUGGCGAAUGGGAUGAAGGACUUGGUAUACCAAUGUGUGUUGUGUGCCAAGGGGCUGACAAGAUUGAGAAGCUGGAGAAAGACCACGGCUGGCACGAAGAAGAGUUUGAUUUCAUUCUUCAAUUUAUGAGAACAUUGCUUCUGAAACAUGGCGCGUCAUUGGUUUACACCACACCGUUCCUUGCCAACUCCCUCCAAAGCUUAAUACAUUCAUCCCUCGGAAUCCACUCAUUACUGAAGCGGCAGUCAUUCAAACACAACGUGAUCGAUCGGGAUAAAAUCCUCGUUCCGUCGAAUUGGGAUUCAUGGGGCAAAAUCAGGAUCAUCCGAGAAGGAUUUGACAUGGAAGGCAUAUCCACAGCCUGGUCAAUUGAGAUCCAGGAUCCUCCAGAGCUGAUCACGAACGACCCGGGUGACAGCGAUUUGGAUGAUGAGCCGGCCGACGACGGCACCAGCGCGGUCGCGAUCUUUGAGCAGACUAUCAAGGACCCCAAGCGGGACACGUCGAUGGCUCACCCCAGUAACCAACAAAACGGGACCAAGAUUGAAGUCGAAACGUCAGACAUGCAGACGUUCCUUACAAAACAACUCGAUGUUUUGGAGCAACUCAAAUUAGAAGACGAGAAGGACCGUACAGCGAAGCAGGUGCCGCAACUGGAGAUGUCACCGCUUGACGAUAACGGCAGGGUCAACGAACAUAUCGGACCGGUGCAAUUUAAUAUGGGUGGUAUCCAAGUCGACGCCGAUGAUAUGCUCCGCAAACUCAAGGAACGAGAAGCUAGCCGUUCCCAAAAGAAGGAAGUCCCUUCGUCCACCGGUGACGAGAAAGCACACAACCAAGCGCUGGCCAACUUCUUCGCUGGUCUAGUCAAGAAGCCCGGCACUACCGGCAGCCCCCGCGGAAGUCCUUCGUCGUGA